AUGAGAAGACAGAAUAGUAGCUGCGACCAGUGCAGGAAGGGGAAACGGGCUUGCGAUGCCGGUGCUGUCAAGGACCUCCAGCUCUGUUUCGAGAAUGAGAUGCAAUGGAACAUUGGCAAGUUUCUCGAAGUCUCACCUACCUCCUCCCAACUAACGUCAUCGCAAGAUUGGCAAGAUUUGACGGGACCGUGCUCAAACUGCCAAAAGACCAGGAAGAGUUGCACUUACGACUGGGCUCGCUCGCAGCAGCAUCAAAUCCGCGAGAGACGACAAUCAUCAGUCUCCGACAAGCGUCCCUUGCCAAGUCGCAAGCGAGUCAAGUCCGUUCAUGAUGCCGUGGUACCAGCUACAUCCCAAGGAACAGUCGAGGGCUUCCAAGAUAUCUUCCCAGGAUUGGGCUAUAAUGACCCAAGUCUCUUCUAUGAAUCGAAUCAGCCGUUGUUCCCCGAACCCAUGUUCGGGCCAGGCUCUGAGAACUUUUCAUUAUCCCCGACCAACGACACAGCCAGCAACGCCUCCCUAGCUGACGAUCUAUCACUGGCAUUUCCGGCCUCUUCAGCAACGUCGAUGCCAAGUUGUUUAUCAGAUGAGCUACCCGGAUUAGACGGAGCUGACAAUAUUUCUGUGCACGACCCUUCAAUAAUUGAGUUCACUCCCAAGACAUUGGCAGGAGCCCGAGCGACAGCACGGAAGAGGCCAUGGCAAGGCAGAAAGUACCCAGACUUCUCAUUAGGCGGCUUGUCGGAGUUCUCGCCAACUCAGCAGAUGAUGGCUCGCACGAAUAACGGGCUAAUGACUGAAAACCUCAUGAAGCUCUACCACGAUGUCUUGGAGGGAGCACUUUCAUGCUGGCUGACGGAGCAAAAUUGCCCCUAUUUGCUGCCUGCGAAAUCGACGGAGAACCUCAAUUUCCAAGUGGGAGAGUCAGUUUCGAAUCUCCCAAACAGGAUCUACCGAAGAGUUCUGAAUCUUGACAAGUCUCUAGACUCUCUCGGGAUCAAGCCGCUAAGUCCAUAUGAGGACAGGCAGGCCACUAGGGCGCUUCACUUCUCAAUCAUGGCAUUCACUGCACAGUGGGCCCAGGGCAGUUGGAGGAGCCAAUCACGAUAUAGGUCAUCAAAUUUUGAGGAUGCAGGACUUUGCCUUUCGGGUCUAGGGGAAGACUUUGACAAAACGAUUCAACAAUCGUUCUGGAAUCAAGCACGUAGACAUCUUGAUGACUGCUCCGGGAUCAACUCAUUCAAGCUUGCGUUCGCGGAGAUAGUCUUUGGACUAACACAACAGCACGUAUCUGAGUCAGAUGAUUUCACCUUUGAAGACUUCGAUAUAGGCUCAACGGGUUCGUCUUGUGGCGGCAGUGUGCCAGAACGAAUCAAAACGGUGUUUGAAAAGGACGGAAGCAAUAUUUAUACGGAGAGGGCGGCUCGACGACUUCACGUUCUCCGACGACGAGUUGAUACAUUCGACCGUACAGCAUCAAAAGCGCAGCUUGCGGGGCGGAUGCCCUGUAAAAGAGCGGAUUCUGAGGAACGUAAGACGAUGGAACUGAUAUUUUGGUUGGCAGUCAUGUUUGACACCCUAUCCGCAGCUAUGACGGAAAGACCGGUGACUGUAUCAGACGAGGAAAGCAAAGAGAAUGAUGAGACGAAGGACGAACUCGAAGCUGGGCAGCAAAGGCGAGGGCCGUCCACCAGCGACUGGAACGACCGGUUCAUCAUCAAGCGACACCAGAAACUCGCACCCUUGAGGUGGCCAUGUCCCGAGCAGGCGGUCUCCAGAGAGCUUCGGGAUGCGGCGCCGGUCAAAGUCCUUCUGUUCCGGAAGAUUACUCGGCUGCAGACUUUGUCAUCGAGAGGUGCCAAGGAAGAAGCGGUCGAAAGCGCGAUCCAGGAUGCCCUCUCCGUAUACCGACACUGGAACAUGACAUACGGUCCCCUCUUCCAGGAUUGUGUCCAGUACCAUGAUUCGCUUCCCUCGACGAUCCAGAGCUGGUAUGUGUGUCUGCUAGGCCACUGGCUCUUAGCAGUCAUGAUACUAGCCGACACAAUCAGCUUGAUGGAUGAACAGAGCAUGAGCAUGUCACCCCGCGCAAGACAAAGAGCCGAGACAAAUAUGAUCGACAAUCUACGAAGAUCAAGUACCCGCAUGGUUUCAGACCUUGCGAAAGCCUCAACACCCCGCGAUGACGACCUAGGAAAGCUGCCGGAGUAUCACCAUGCCGCGAAAGAGGGCGCUUUGCUAACAGAGCCUUGGACAAUGGUUCUGAUGCGAUCAUUCACCAUGGCGGGGUUGUCUCUACUCGACGAGGCUACAACCCGAGAGUCACAAGAUGAAAUCGCUGUUGAAGACUCGCAGAGACGUUGCGAGGAUUGCGUCAAGGCGCUUUGGUACUUGGGACGCAAGUCAAGCUUGUCUCUCAAAGUAGCCGCAAUUCUAGGUGACGGGCUUGAAAGAUCAAGACUUCGUGGUCUUGGCUCGGGUACAGACUUUGUUGGUGCUGGUGAGCGGAGCACAAUUAGUCAGGUAGAAGUUUUCUGA